CCCAUGCAUUUGUUUAUUGCAUCACUCUUUCAUAAUACAUGGAAAAAACAUUCAAGGUCGGUGAUCAUGUCCAGUGUAUGAGUCACUCUGAAUCAGACUCCUGAUACAAAAAAAAAAAAAAAAAAUGAAAAAGACUUACGUUCGUGAUUUUAGACUAUUCUCUUGUGAAAUCUCAUGGAUUACUGAGAUCAGUGAACUCAGAGCACAUGGGAUGUUUUAGUGCCUCGUUUUGCUCUCCUGUCCUGCAAAACAGGAAUGUGUCCUGUGUGUGUUUGUGGUGGAGGAGGGGUCGGUCCCACUGCUCAUCCCAGAGUCAAUGAGGCCUUGGCAAGAGGUACAAAGGCAUGUUUUACAUUAGUCGAGUCAACCGUGGGCUCCUUAUUCUGCUCAUCAUUGUGGCUCUUGCUCUUCUUUACAAAAACACCAGACUACAGACACUGCCCAAGGAUUCAGUACUUAAGAAAGAUGGGGCCAAAACAGGUGUGGAGGAUGAGAGAGUGUCAGACACUGACAUCCCUGUGGUCAUCUGUGCUUCAGAGGAGCGUAUUGGUGCUGCCAUCGCAACCAUCAACAGUGUCUACAGCAACAGCCGUGCAAGCAUUUUCUUCUACAUAGUUACCCUGCGAGAUGCCAUCAAGAAGAUAAGGGAAUAUAUAGAGAAGACCAAGCUGAGAAAAAUCAAAUACAAGAUCCUGGAGUUCAAUCCGAUGGUAUUGAAGGGAAAAGUCAAUCCGGAUUCCUCCAGACCAGAGCUCCUGCACCCUCUUAACUUUGUGAGGUUCUACUUGCCACUUCUUGGCAUUGAAAAUCAUGCCCGGAUAGUUUACCUGGAUGAUGAUGUCAUAGUGCAAGGAGAUAUACAGGAACUGUAUAACAUAAAGCUGAAAGCGGGACACGCUGCUGCGUUCGCCUCAGACUGUGAUCUGCCCCCAACACAUGAGAUGGUGCGCAGUGUGGGGAUGCAGACAACUUAUAUGGGCUUUCUGGACUACCGUAAAGAGGAAGUCAGAGAGCUGGGCAUCAACCCCAGCGACUGCUCCUUUAAUCCAGGUGUUUUUGUAGCAGACAUCGGUGAAUGGAAAAAGCAAAAAAUAACUAAACAGCUGGAGAAAUGGAUGGCUAAGAAUGUCAGGGAGAAUCUGUACAGCAGUGCCAUGGCAGGCGGUGUGGCCACCCCCCCAAUGCUGAUCGUCUUUCAUGAUAAAUACACAACCAUUGAUCCAAUGUGGCACGUCAGACACCUGGGCUGGAGUCCUGAUACCCAUUAUCCCAGAUCCUUUCUCAAAGAUGCACGCUUACUGCACUGGAACGGCCAUUUCAAGCCCUGGAACUACCCCUGCGUCCAUCUGGACAUCUGGGAGAAAUGGUUUAUCCCAGACCCCACAGGAAGAUUCACCCUGGUACGACCAUGAACAAUGACCAAUGUCAUGAACCAUGUCACUUUGACUUGAUACAAAUCAAAAUGCUGAGGCUACAAAAAAAAAAAAAAAACCCCAACUAAAACACCCAAACUGGAAUCCUGUUAUUUUUUGGAGGGAGUUUGUAGAUCGAGUAAAACAAGACACAUGGUAAAAAGACAAUUACACAAGUUCCUUUUACGGAAACAUUUAAUGGUACAGUGGACAGGAGUCAGCACUCCACAACUGGGUCAGUUAAAUAUUAACAAAUUUACAAUCAUGGAGGAAUGUAAAAGAAAUUCCAAACACAAACGCAGCGCCUUAAAACAAAAAACAAUUCAUAUUCCCUUAACCCACCCACACAGAGAAAAGA